GUAGUCUACGAGCAAUUCUACGAGCCAGGUACUAGCUGCUUUUGACAGCCUUGGCAGCAGACAAAACUGAAAACCAGCCGAAAACUGACAAGAGUGUAAUCUUUGUAUUUACCACUGCUAAAAUUCCUUGGAAUUGUGAAUAUAAUGGCAGAAAUUGAAUGGCCGUGGCAAUACAGUUUUCCUCCAUUUUUCACGCUCCAACCUCAUGCCGAAACCAAGGAAAAACAGUUGGGAGCCUGGAAAAGUUUAAUAUUAGAUUACUACCGCUCUACUAAACAGGGUGUGCUUGAUGUUAGGGAGGUGCAUUCUAGCCCACUGUUUAAUAACACCUCGAUCAACAGAAAGCUACCAUCUGAAGUAAUCUUAAUAAUUUUGGAGGAAUUAGCUAGAUCAGGAAAUGCUUCACCUCUCGACAAAUCUAAACAGAGAUGGCUAGUCUAUUGGCAUACACUUGAGGAAUGGGGUGAAAUAAUCUACAAUUGGGCUCAAGAAAAUGGUUUCACAGGAUCAGUGUGCACGUUUUUUGAAUUGACUCAAGGAGAAAAUACAGUAGAUCAGGAAUUCUAUGGACUGGAUACUGAGGUCCUAAUUAGGAGCCUGAGGACGCUAGAAGCUUCGAAAAAAGCUGAAUUAAUUAUGUUUGAUGAUAAUCAAGGAGUGAAAUUCUUUUAAUUGUACUAAUAUAAAGAUUUACGUAUGAAAUAUAUUAUUUUUGAAGGUA